AUGGGAAGCACGUGCGAAUACACAACUCCAUAAAAAGUACGAGUAAAAGUUUGCCCAGGUUUUGCACGAGAACAAUUUCCAAUUCAAAAUCAAUCGCCUUGACAUUUGCAUCCCAAUUUAACCCCUACAGGUCUCACAGGCGACAGUUUAACAAUUUCCCUUGCAAUCUCCACCUCAAUUUCACAUCUUCCGAUCACAGGUGACAGUUUUUCUUCCCUAAAAAUGCCACAAACCUUACUCCACCUCAAGAACGACCAGCUCCGCGCCCUUGCCGAUAACCAGCGACCCAGCCGCGCCUACCUUGCCCCGGGGCGCGCCGUUAUCAACGACAUUUUCGAAAGUAUCCGUCAAUCCGAUGAGAUCAGUUUGGACCGCGCUCGAAAAGCGGGCAGUAUUGGAAAAGGAACCGCUCUGGGGGACGAAUUUUGUCCAGAUUUUGACCUCGUCUGCUUCAUCAAUGGACACAUGCCCCCCUUCUCCCCCGCGCUCAUCCAGGCCUUUCUCCGCGCCGUGAAAAAGGCGGAUCGGACGACACAAUGGCAAAUCCAGUCGAUUACUUACAACCAACAUUCCGUCCAAGUCGAAGUCGUCACCGGGGAGGGUGUCACCUUCAAGUUGGACAUUCUUCCGGCAGCCAAUUUGGUCCAGGGGGACCACCUUUUGAACGCCAUGGAGCGGUUGUCAAUUCAGGAGAAAUGCGUCGGAAAAACGAUGCGUGACCGAUGCAAGAGAUUCAGAGAACGACAAAAUUUCUCGACAAGUUUGGCCGAGGCGACGGUCUCGUUUGUGCGGGCCGUUCCACUCAACGUUUCUCGGAUAAUUCGGAUCGCCCAGUACUGGGAUAAGUGCGUCGAUCUGGGUGGUGCCCGCCUAACCGGACGAUCCUACCUCAUCGAACUCGUCGCCAUGGGAACCAACCUGGGCCGCAAACCGAAUCGCGGACUUCAAGCGCGCUUCAGCCAUUUUCUCCACCAAAUGCGAACCCUUUCAUCGGCUUGUAUCGUAUUCACCGAAAAUUAUGAAGAAUCCCAAAUUCCUGCCGAUGUUCGUCGCCAACGCCCCCUGAUUUUGGAUCCGAUCAACCCCUUCAAUAAUUUGGGGUUUCAAUUAAGGAAACCGGAAAUGGCUGGAGUCCUGCAGCGAUGGAGGGAAGCGGCUGAAGAAACGUUGGAUUUUAUUGGGUCGAAGAAUGACGAUGUUGAAGCCUGGUUUAUUUUUUGAGAGUUUGCAAUCUGUAAACUCUGUA